CUUUGACGCCGGCAGUCGCGAUGUUGCGGAGACUGGAUUUCAGCUUCGUGGUCCGCGGAGCGGCCCCUGGAGGGCGCAGUGCGCAGGCGUGAGCGGUCGGGCGCCGACGCGCGCGGGUCUCUUUUUGGAGCGGGAGUGAGUCCCUGGGCGAGGGGACCCGGCAGCGGUUGAUUGGGGGGCCAGUUGCUUCCACAGUCAGCCAUGGCAGCCCUGCGCUACGCGGGCCUGGACGACACGGACAGUGAGGACGAGCUGCCCCCGGGCUGGGAGGAGAGAACCACCAAGGACGGCUGGGUUUACUACGCCAAUCAUACCGAGGAGAAGACUCAGUGGGAACAUCCAAAAACUGGAAAAAGAAAACGAGUGGCAGGAGAUUUGCCAUAUGGAUGGGAACAAGAAACUGAUGAGAAUGGACAAGUGUUUUUUGUUGACCAUAUCAAUAAAAGAACCACCUACGUGGACCCAAGACUGGCGUUUACUGUGGAUGAUAAUCCAACAAAGCCAACCACCCAGCAGAGAUACGACGGCAGCACCACUGCCAUGGAAAUUCUCCAGGGCCGGGAUUUCACUGGCAAAGUGGUUGUGGUCACUGGAGCUAAUUCAGGAAUAGGGUUUGAAACUGCCAAGUCUUUUGCCCUCCAUGGUGCACACGUGAUCUUGGCCUGCAGGAACAUGGCAAGGGCGAGUGAAGCAGUGUCACGCAUUUUAGAAGAAUGGCGUAAAGCCAAGGUAGAAGCAAUGGCCCUGGACCUCACUCUGCUCCGUAGCGUGCAGCAUUUUGCUGAAGCAUUCAAGGCCAAGAAUGUGCCUCUUCAUGUGCUUGUGUGCAACGCAGCAGCUUUUGCUCUACCCUGGAGUCUCACCAAAGACGGCCUGGAGACCACCUUUCAAGUGAAUCAUCUGGGGCACUUCUACCUUGUCCAGCUCCUCCAGGAUGUUUUGUGCCGCUCCGCUCCUGCCCGUGUCAUUGUGGUCUCCUCAGAGUCCCAUCGAUUUACAGAUAUUAAUGACUCCUUGGGAAAACUGGACUUCAGUCGUCUCUCUCCGUCAAAAAACGACUAUUGGGCAAUGCUGGCUUAUAACAGGUCCAAGCUCUGCAACGUCCUCUUCUCCAACGAGCUGCACCGUCGCCUCUCCCCACGCGGGGUCACGUCGAACGCAGUGCAUCCUGGAAAUAUGAUGUACUCCAACAUUCAUCGCAGCUGGUGGGUGUACACACUGCUGUUUACCUUGGCGAGGCCUUUCACCAAGUCCAUGCAACAGGGAGCUGCCACCACCGUGUACUGUGCUGCUGCCCCAGAACUGGAGGGUCUGGGAGGGAUGUAUUUCAACAACUGCUGCCGCUGCAUGCCCUCACUAGAAGCACAGAGCGAAGAGACGGCCCGGGCCCUGUGGGCACUCAGCGAGAGGCUCAUCCAAGAACGGCUUGGCAGCCAGUCCGGCUAAGAGGAGCUCGGAGCGGAUGGGCGCAGACACCCGCCUUGUGUGUCCCCGCUCACACAAGUGCCAGAGCUGGGCUCCUUCCAAAUGUCCCUCCAACACAGAUCCGCAAAAGUGAAGGAAAUAAGAGCAGUCACAACACAGUGAAAAAUGUUAAGUACCAAUGCGAAGCAGGGAAUUCCUGGGGUAAAGUAUCAAUUUUCUGGGGCUGGGCUGGGCCUAAGGUCUCUUUGCUUUCUGAUGGCGGCCUGUUUGAAAGUAUAAGACCUGGUUGGUGUGUAGGUUCCCCAUCUCCCUGGAGAAGCACCAGCAAUUGUCUUUCUCUUACUGUUGAAUAGCCUGAGGUCCCGUCCUCCCAUCCAGCUAUCACCACGGCCACCACUGCAGCCAGGGGCUGGCUUUCUCCUACUUAGGGAAGAAAAAGCAACUGUUCACUGCUCCUUGCUGCAUUGAUCCAGGAGAUAAUUGUUUCAUUCAUCCUGACCAAGCCCGAGCCAGUUUAGCAACUGCUGGGGAGACAAAGCCCAGAACCUUGUCCCAGCCAGCCAGGAUGGCGGUGACACCCAGACGGAGUAGAAUACGCAGAGCUACCAGGUGGCAAAGUACUUGUCACAGACUCCCUCGCCAAUGCUAUACAAAAAAUUCUUUGUAACACAUUUUUCAAAUCAUUCCUUAGAUACCUUGAGAGGCAGGAAGGGAAGCAUGUGUACUUAAGAAUACGCAGGAUCUUUUGGGGGGCGGAGAAUAAAAAGUCAAUCCUGUUGUCCAUCAGUCACAGUCUCAGUUCUGUUGCUUUCACAUACUGCUUAAACUUCCUGCCAUGCCUCCCACCCUAUGCUUAAUAAAAGAACAUGCUUGAAUAU